GUCAGUAACAUGACUUUGUGUAUGUAGGUGUGGUGUGUAUUAAAAUGUCUGGUUUUAAAAAGCCUAGACCAGGGGUCAGCAACCUAUGGCACGUGUGCCAUGCAUGGCACUUGAGGUGCUUUAGCACUACACUUAAGGCUGCUAGUGACACACAGUCUCUGGCCUAUCUGCUAGUGCAAAUCCAAGCGCACUGCAGCAAAAAGAGGAAGUGUUCACAGAUCACGUCCUCCCAGCUCUUAUGAAUGGGAAUCCACUCUGGUGUAGGGGUCCUGCCCUUGACCUGCACCUGGUCAACAUGUUUCCCACUGGGCCGUAGUGAAACCACCCACACUGUUAGAUAUACAUAGAGCUGCAGAAGAUGCCCCCACAUAGCAAUAGUACAAACAACAUACACACAAACACACACUUAAUCCCCAUAAACACAACACCAAUCCACAUACAUGCACACAACUCCACAAGCAGUCUCUCACAUGCAAUGCCACAAGCAGCCCCUACAUACACACAUCACCAAACACACUAUGUAACAUAUCAUCCACAUACACAAUUCCGCAAGCAGCCCUCAGACAGCCUGCAUUCAUAUGUAUCCUACACAAUACCACAAACUGUAUACAAUAUAUAAAACAGCCUACAUACGCACAAAUAUAAAGCUCUAAAGCAACUACAGCACCCAUAUGUAACACAAGCAAAAUAUGGAAACAUACACACCACAUUAUUCUAAAAAAAUAGGACUGUCACGGCAAGGGACUUCAUAAUUUUGUUUUGGCAAAGUACUACUAAAAGGUUGACUACCCCUAGUAUAGACUAUAUGAUGUAGAGAAACAUUUAAAAAUAUAUAUAUUUUUGGGACAUUAAAAGUUACAUCUGAAAUAUGUUUUGCUCCUUCAAAUUUGGAAGCAGUAGGCAACUUUUGGCACUCCAGGUGUUGUGAACAACAUUUCCCUUGUUACAAUAUGAGAGAUGUACUCACAACACCUGGAGUGUUAAAGGUUGCUUAACCAUGAUCUAAGACUAUUGUCUCUUUGCUUUACUGAAAUUUGACAAAACUCUGAUUUAUCCUUUCUUUAUGUACAUGGGUAGUGGAUUUAUCCCUGAAGAGUUAUGGUAUUCAGGUCUCGCUUACAUUUUACAUUUCAAUUCUUUUAUGAUGAGAGUGCAGAGGGACUCAUGGAGGGGGAGGACAAUGCUAAGAUUUUUGGAGAUUAGGGUAUGUACAUACAAUUUUAUUUUAGUCAGGAGAAUCUAGAGUUGAAUCUCUGUAGCAAUGUAUGAAUUGUUAUUAUAACUAUUUUUUCUACAGUUUAAUGACCAUAUUGCAUGUAUGUUCAAAAUGACCUAACUUUGUAUACAUAUACUGUAUACAGUCAAGGGAAAAAGAAAGUACACCUUCUUUGAAUUCUAUGGUUUUAUAUAUCAAGAUAUAAUGACAAUCAUCUUUUCCUGAGCAGGUCUUAAAAUUAUGAAAAUGCAUCCUAAACUAAACAACAAUAUAUGACAUAUUACACUGCGUCAUGAUUUAUUUAACACAAAUUCUUUUACAAAUCACUGUUAUUGGAAACAGUUUCCAUAUGACUUUGUUGGCUUGAUAGAACAGCUACACCUGGUGGAUGUUUAUAAGCACAGCUAGAGAUACUUUGCCAUACUAAAUGAGAUGUACCAAAUGGAUUCGUAUUGCUGCAAUUUGUGAACAAAUGCUGCCAAUGUAGCUUUUCUGCAUCUUUAGUUUCUUGACUUCAAUUAACAAUUUGCUACUGUUCCUGUUGACUACAUCGGGAUUAUUGAGCGAGGUUAUUACCUAUAAAAAUUGGCAAUACUCAUAUUAUAAAAAAUUGUGUUCUUAAUUUACUAUUUAGGCACUAAACAUUUAUUUAUGAAUUCCUGGAAUGCUUGGAAACAUACCUGAUAGAAAACUGAGCCGAUUAUAUUAAAAACAUAUAUAUAUUGUAUUUAUUUUGUUUCCUUUUACAGUUCUUUUUCCAUUCAUUAUUUUUGAUUAUUUAUGUUUGAUUGGCUUUUUGACUUAUUGACUUAUUGAAUGUAGUUUCAUGCAUUUUAAGGUACCAAUAGUAGAUGCUACAUUUAAACUUUACAAUCAGGACACUGGACGUUGCUGUUUAUGUUCUGAUUCUUUAGUAAACCUGCUACCUUUUGUACAUUGAGUUCCUGAUACACAUUGUUCUUUCCAUUUAUGUAUGGGGAUUACCAGCCUCAGGUCUGGUUUUACACCUGUUAUUAUUUAGUAAGAUGUGCGUGAAUUCUCUCCUUCUAGGCAACAACUAAUAGCCUAAUGGAUAGGCGUUAUCAGUAAUUUUUCCCAUGCCAAUUCUAAAUUGUCAACUGGUCAGAAAAAUAUUAUUAGGAUUCUAUUAAAAAAUGAAGGGAGGAAUGUUAUUAGGAUGAUUGGUUUAUUUAUUUAUUUUUGUUGCAAUUUCCUUUUAAUCAAAAAUGGAAGCAGCUGCAUCAGUCCUUUUACGUUGAAAAAUGUCAGUGGGAAAUUUAUGACCCACUCAAACCUCCCUCCCUUAGAACAAAGCUUUGCCGCAUAUUUAGUCUAUGGUGUCUGUGAUUGUCCUUCACAUUGGUUUAAAAAAACACAGUGCCCUGGCAGUAACAGGAGUAAUUUAGUUUUUAAAAAAAGUGCUUGCUAAUAUAUAUGUAUAUCUGUGUGAGUGUGUAUGUGCAGACAUCCCAGCAAUCAAACACCAACACGACAUGCAAACACAAACAUGACAUACUGACACACCUGAAAUCAAACUCUUCACUCGAACACCAAUAAUACACACAAAUGUACAGCCACAUUUAAAAUCCAACACUACAUCUAAACACACAAUUGCACAUAAAUCCAAGCAAAUCUUACAAACACACCCUUGAAUGAAAAUUCUAAAAUUAUAUACAAACUCCAGAUUAACACAAAGAAGAAUAACUGCUACUAAGUACUACAAUCUGUUUACUAUCUGUAGAAAUUUGACAAAAAAGAAAACCUGACUCUGUUAAUUAAGAGUUUUGUGCUAGGGAGCCAGUGUCCCUUACCUCCUUGCUCCUACGUAGGAGGCAGGUAGUGGGGAAUAAACUUAAUUAAAGUAAAAAAAAAAAAAAACCCUGCUCUCUCCUCACACACACUCAAUACUACAAUCAAACACUACAUGCACGCACUCCAUCCACUACACAAACACUACACCCACUAUACACACAGCAUCAACUACACAAACACACACUCUGCAUACACUACACAUCCAAAUGCAUUUGCUUACAGUACACAAACACACACUCUGCAUCCACUAUACACACACAAUGCAUCCAGUACACAAACUUUCAGAUCACUACACACAGACACUAAAUCCACUACACAUUUUGCAUACACACACUCAUUUUUCACUACACACACUGCAUUCAGUAUAUACACACUGGAUCACCUACACAAACACAAACACUGUGUUCACUACACACACUGCAUUACAUAAUAGAUGUAGGUGUGUUUUGGUGGACAUUGUUUUGGUGAGGGGACGAGGGGGAGGGAUUUCAUUCUUGGACUAGGUACAAUGUCUAAUGUAAUACUACCAUUUGCCAUAAAAAAAACUGUAGAUAUGAGAGGGAUAUUGAGGUAGUUUCAAUUUGAUGUCACCUCCUAUUUUUAAUCAAAUGGUUUCUGGAUCUAAAGUGUCUAAGGAAACAAUAUCAGUAUAAAUAAAAAAUUUAGAUAUAUAAAACAAUGUGAAAAUAGUGAAAUAAAGUAUCCAGACACUUGGUGUCUCAAAAUAGAGGAGAGUGCAAAUGGUGGACAAACUGAGCGGGCUGUUCCCUAGUCUAAUUAUCUCAGAGAGAUGUCAAUCUUUGUCCUAUGCAUUUUCCAGUCCGCCAGUUUAGUCAAAAGUUGCAUCAAAUUGUAUAAAGGAAGAAAAGAGGGAAAAUGAAGUCAAGUUUCAUGUCCAGUGCUCAGUGCUAGCAAGCACUUAACACGCAUUUCACCCUUAAGUAUCGGGAGUUUAAUAGAUAUUACAAUUGGUAUAAAACACAACACUUCACUCAUUUGUUUUUUUAAACUAUUUUUUUAUUAAAAGUAAUUUUUUAAACAAUACCACAAUAUUUAUUUUUCUAAUGAAAAUUGACAGAUCACUGUCCACCCCCAUGCUCUCUCUCUAGAGCGCUGAAUAAAAAUAAUAAUAAUAAUAAAGCAACGGAACAUAAUCUCCCCAUAUCCAGUAAAUAGGGGUAUAAUUAAAAUGAAUGGGUGGAGCUAGUGUUUCACCAGCCCCCACCCAUGGUUAGUGUCCAAUUAAAGAUUGACAUGCCGUUAUCAACCCUCAAAAUUUUUCUAAAGUUUUCCCCGAGUGACUAGGGAUCCCCACUCCUUUAAGUCACGCCACAAGAAAUUAAAAAUUGGAUUUCAAAAAAAGAGGUGAAGAAAUGUGGCACAGUAAAUGAGAGCAAGGCUCAUACAGACUGAGACUGCAUGAUAGGAAAAGUUACCGUAAGUGCUUUCAUACGCUAUGCAAUUUCAGUCAGAGUGUUCUUAUUAGUUUUUUGACAGGCACGUGUUAUCUUGCGUGACUAGUUUAUUUUUUUCCCCAGUCUUUCUUCAGCUACUAAAAUGGGCACAAAAAGAUAUUUGAGCAGUUUUUUUGUUCAGUGUGUUGGCGUUUUAUGUUAAAAAAAAAAUUUUUGUUUAUUUUUUACAUUUUGAAAGAUCAAAAAAGGAGGAUCUUAAAUAAAGACUUUUAGGCCUUGAUUUAAUAGACUUUCCAAGUGAUUAAACACUUUUAGAAAAAACGCUCCAAAUGAUUUAUCUACUUUAGUUACCACUAAAGUAAAUGGGAAUCUUUGCAAAUAAGCCAUUUGGUAAGUUUUUCUAACCUGUAUUGAAUCAUUAAAUGGAAAGCUUAAAUCUAGACCAUAGAAAGGUAAGUAUCAUUUUUUUCUACAGAUGUUUUAAAAAAUUUAUUUAGAAAAUUUGGGCCUCCAUACACUAAUAAAUAAUGGUUGGUGGUAUAUUAGGGUUAAGGGGUGUUUGAUAUGGGGCCAGAAGACUGGUGCUCUCCUGACCCCAUUGGGAUUUUAGGGGCCAGCAGGCUGCACAUUUCUUUUCUUCAGUUUCUAUCAUUUCCUACAGUUAUUACUAUUUGGGUACUGCCAUUUCAGCCCCAGCACACUAUUAACAUUUCAUUUCUGCUCACUAUUUACUUUACAAAGACAGGCUAAAAAAGCCAACAUUUUAAUAGGGGGCGUAUCUGACUGGCUUCCAAGAUGGCCAUUUGAGCUCUGCAGCAUGAGGCAAUAAGCACUUUUAAACAGACGAGAUCAGUGAGGGCUAUGCCCAACAAACGACAGUCAAAGCCUGUCAGACCUGCCCAACUAGCGAGGUAUCGGCACAAAUGAAGCGCUUCCUUGCUGAGAAAUCAUAUGUUUUUCUGCUAAGAGGACAGGACAACUGCACCGCAGAAAAGGGAUGAUGGACGGGGUCAUGUACCAUCAGAUCUUAGGGGAGAACCUCCUUCCCUCAGCCAGGGCAUUGAAAAUGGGUCAUGGAUGGGAAUUCAAGCAUGACAAUGAUGCAAAACACACAGCCAAGGCAACAAAAGAGUGGCUCAAGGAGAAGCACAUUAACAUCCUGGAGUGGCCUAGCCAGUCUCCAGACCUUAAUCCCAUAGAAAAUCUGUGGAGGGAGCGGAAGGUUCAAGUUGCCAAACGUCAGCCUCGAAACUUCAAUGACUUGGAGAGGAUCUACAAAGAGAAGUGGGAAAAAUCCCUCCCGAGUUGUGUGCAAACCUUGUCACCAACUACAAGAAAUGUUUGACCUCUUUGAUUGCCAACAAGGGUUUUGCCACCAAGUACUAAGUCAAAGGGGUCAAAUACUUAUUUUACUCAUUGACAUAUAAAUAAUUUUAUAACUUUUUUGACAUGUGUUUUUCUGUUCUUUUUUGUUGCUAUUCUGUCUCUAACUGCUAAAAUACACCUACCAAUUAUAGACUGAUAAUUUCUUUGUCAGUAUGCAAACAUUCAAAAUCAGCAGGGGAUCAAAUACUUUUUCCCUCACUGUACAGGUACUGGAAAUAAUAGCACAGUAACAUCCAAUUGCAAUCUAGGCGUCUGAGAAAAUAACGUGACAGGUGGAACACAGUGCCUCCCCGACGUAAACCAAGAUGCGGAGAACCAGCCUAUGUGAGAUUUAUGACAUGUUAUAUUAUGGACCAUUGUUGAACCUGCAUGAUAAACUUACCGACGGCCUCCUGCCUCUUGAGCGUGGACUUGCCCCUAAAACCGCUGGACUCUUUUUGCACCCUGUGGAUAAUAUGGUCCUGGACUUAUGAGACUGAACCUGAGAUCAUAUUCCAGUCACACUCAGGAUAUAUACAAAGGCAUGGCCACCCAAACAUAUGGCCAACCUUGUGGUGUUGUAUCUCCUCAGGAUUCCAUCGAAGGGAUUGUUCUAUCUCACUCUGUGACAAACUAAUGCACAGUCAUGGACCCUAUGCCUACUCAGACCAUGAUAUUUUUCAUGUGUAUCUGAAACCACAGUGAUUUUGACUACAAUAUGCUCCAUCAGGUUCCUGGGGAAGGUGGGGGUUAGUGAGGAUACUUUAAAUUGGGUUUUGCAUUAUGGUUGCGUCCAUUGUGGGGUCCUGGGGCGGUAGAGGCCUGCCGCUGCUGAGCCGGGGGACCGCCCUGGGUUCUCGAUGUCCUGCAGCUUACCCGGGGCUGGAAUUCAGAGUGGUUCUUACUGUUACAGUACAUGCUUUUCUAAAAAUGUAUUUCAUUAUAUUAACCGGUGUGAAUCCGCAAUCUAACCAUAGGGCUUUAGGGAGUGAGCGCACUGAGACUUUAUUGUGGGCCGAGGCUUAGUUAGGCCUCAGAUGCUCUUAUUCCUAAUGCAGGGCCUCAUGUUGCCUGAUGUUCUCAUGCUGCAUGUUAGCUUAAGAAUUUCAGUUAUCCCCCUACCCCAAGCAUUCUAGACUUACUGUUACCGUUUCUUCCACAAAUCGACUAUUGUCGCAUUUUGAUUUUGUAACUCAAGAAAACUUGGCAUUUUUCUAUCUCUGUACAUAGUUGUGUAUAACCCUAACAGCCUUUAUAUUCAUAUCGCAUUCCCCUAAAUCAGGCAUUUUUACACCUUGGAUUCACAAAGAUCUAUCUAUUCUUUCACCAAUAUGUCUUAAUUAAAAAUGAUCUCAAUUAAUGCUACGGGCCUCCUUGCCCCAGAGAGUAGAGUGCUUAAAUUACAGGAAUUCCACAUGGCCAAAGCCUCGGUGGUGUUUAUCCAGGAGACCCAUUUAACAGCCCAAAUGCUUCUGUUUCUUGGCUGAUCCAAGAAGCCGUAGUGAAGAAUUACACCUUCUUUUCCCAUGCCAAGCAAUCGUAUUCACACAUAGACCUCCUAAUACAUAGACACUUGCACCUACUAACUCACACCUACAUUGACCCAAUCACGUGGUCUGGCCAUGUGAUGAUUACUCUUUGAUUGAUUCCAGAAGCUCCACGACCAUUUAACCAUUUUUGAAAACGAAAUUAAUACAUAAUCACUUUUCUAGAGACCCAGGCACGCAUCACUGACACACUCACUAAUUACUUUACAGACAAUGACACAUUGCACAUAUCGCCACUCUCCCUGUGGAAUGCUCACAAAUGUAUAUCCGUGGGGAAUUUAUCAAACUUGGCUCUGAAGCUAAAUAAAAGAAAAAUGCUGAAAUCCAAACAUUGCUUCAAAAACUGCAUCACCCAGAUCCCCAACAUAAGCCGUUUCUAUCCAAAAAGACCCUGGACCAAAUAACUGAAACUAGACGUAAACUAAAUGAUUUGCUAGAUACCAAAAACAAACAAUGCAUUAUUUUAACUUUUAACAGAGCUAUUACCAGCACAGUCAUAAAUUUGGUAGACAAUUGGCUAGGGCACUGAAGCAGAUACAUUAGUUAACCUUCAUCUCCAAAAUCAGGAACCCAGAUGGACACUUAGCGCACAAAUCAGGAGAUAAAGCUAGGGAAUUUCAUAAAUUGUAUGCCAAUCUAUACAAUAUACCCUCAAAUUAUGGUCCAGAGUGGAACCCUGAUAGCCCUCUGGCAUGAUAUUUUAAUGCUCACUUAAGGUUGACUGUAGGGACAAUCCCAUUACGACUGAUACACUUUCUGAAGCUGUUAAGAAAUUACACCUGAACAAAGUCCUGGUCCAGAUGGACUCACCACUAGGUAUUAUAAACAAUUUAUUCAGCUCAUAGCACCUGUGUUUAUAACCCUACUUGCAAAACCAGAUAAAGACCCUGAACUAUGCAGGAACUACAGGCACAUAUCAUUAUUAAAUAAUGACUUAAAAAUGUUCACUUCCUUCUGGUCCACAGGUUGGGCCCUCUCAUGGGUGGGCUGGUCCAUCCUGAUGAGGUGGGAGUUAUCUCAUCCAGGGAAGCCAAGAAGAACUCUACAAGAGUAGUUUACCUGCUCUUCACUGCAAAACACUCUAGGCUCCUCUCUAUCUUCCUAUCAAUAGAUGCCAAAAAGGGUUUUGAUCGGGUGGACUUGCCCUACCUGGGAGCGGUCUUACGGCAAUUGAGGUUUGGACUGAUGUGGAGAGCAUGGAUUAAUGCCAUAAUUUCCAAAUGGGAUGCUCAUAUCCAAGUUAAUGACCUACUGUCCAAACCAGUUUAUAUUAAAAAUGGCACCUGUCAGGGCUGUCCUUUCUUUGCCCUCACUCUGAAAACCUUUCUAAAUGCAUUCAGGACCAAUACCAACAUUUCUGGAUUUCAUGGGUUGGACCUCUGUAUAAAAAAAAUAACUGCAUAUGCUAAUGACCUACUUUUUUCUCUGACUGAUCCUUUGAGAUCCCUUACAGAGUUAGUACAUGAAAUAAAACGCUACAGUGUUUUGUCUUUUUUCUUGAUAAACUAUGAUUGUGAUAGAUGCUCCUUACCAGGUACAUUUGCCACAGAUUUCUGGAGGAGAGUGGAAGCUGGCCUCCUGCCCAACGACUAUGGUCCAGGUCUGAGACACCGUCAUUAGAAGCUUUCCCUGGGUGCUCCUGGUUCGGCGCUUUCCCUUCAUUCGCAUGGAACCGAACGCUAGGUCCCUGGCUGCCGUUUGCAUGAACAAAACCCAUGAAUAGUCCUCUGCAGUACUUAGAUGCAACUGUUGUGGAAAUAAUUUUACUUGGAACACUUGGGAGGGGUUUGUGCUCAAUACAAUAGAGCCCCCUUGCUGGAAUCUGUGCAUAAAAUAUUAUUAUAUGCUGUAUCUGAUUAAAGCUGCUAUUUUCAACUUACCAUCUGGAGUCCUGUAUUUCAGUGGUGACCGUUUAAGGAAGUGGAUAACAGCCACCGCCACCAUCUGGAGAGGCACCUUAUGAAUGCCUGAAUUUACUUGAAUGCCUGAAUUUACUCUUUUGAGUGCAUCUAAUCAUAGCGCAUAUAAUUCUGUUAUACAGAUUUACACUAUGUUUUGUGUACUUUUUUAAUUUUAGAUUAUCAGCUGUUUCCAUCUUGCAUCUUGUAUACAUAUUGGUUGUUAUAAAGUCGCUGACUGGGAAAUUAUGUAAGGGAGGCUGAUUACUUUAUUUAUUGGAUUAGUAUAAUUUUGUUAUUACCAUUAUAUUGUAAUCUUUGGUGAAGGGUUAUAGAGUCUGAGCAUAAAAGACAGAGUUCGGCUCAUUAAAGUCAGUUGACUCCCCGAACUAUAUGUCUUCUAGUUGUUGGGGGGAAAGGGCUUUAAUCAUUGCUCAGCACCUUGUUCAAGCUCAUGGAGGGUUUGACAGGGAACGUCCCUGUAAGGACAAAAGCUUCCAGGACUGUGUGUCAUCCAGUCCCUGGGAGGGAAUAGAGCUAGUCCCCUAUCCUGUUCCAGGAUAGAGAGGUUCCAGGAGGACCCCAGUCAAGUCACGGCAACUGAGGCAGAAGCGCUGAGGUUUUCCCCUGCUCCAGCUCAGAAGCGGCGGAGGUACCCAGCCCGGGAACAGGGAGCUCUGCUACAACGAUAAGUCUGAAUUUCUUUCCAUAGCAGUUCCAAUGGAGAUUAGUGACAACAUUAAACAAACCUCCUUUAGAGAAGCUUUUAGAGAAGACCUCACUCACCUAUUUAGGUAUCAGAAUGACCCAUUCUACCUCUGACCUGUUUCAAACAACCUCCCCUCUCUACUACAGUCAAUAAAAGCUGACCUUCUUAAGUGAAACAGGCCCACUAUCUCAUGGACUGGACUCCUCAAUGUCCUGAAAAUUAACGUCCUGCCCAGGGUCCUAUACCCUAUCACAGCACUUUCAAUCCACCUACCCAAACCCUUCUUCCACAAACUCGAUAUGCCUGUGUUUUGUGUGGAUGAAUAAAAAAAUCUGGUCUUAACCUCACCGAUAUGUCUAAACAUUACAACCAGAGGACUUUGGCUUCCCAAUGCUUAUAAAUAGUACACAAGAAUGAUUCACUGUAUGCUCCCAAAACACAAAUAGAUAGCUUAUAAAUAGUACCUUGUGAAUGUGCUAUACAGGGUCCAGGAGUGGGCCUGUAGUGGGGGUGAUAAAUACUGGAAGCGCCUAGAACUAGCUGUCUGAAAGUAAUCAUAGACACAUUGCCCAGACAGAAGGUGAAUCUUGCUGCCAUAUGCCAAAUCCAUAUGCCAAAUCCAUCAUCCAAUCAUCAUACCAACACUUUCUAUUAGCUCAAAACAAAUCAUAUGCCUUCCCCCUACACCCCGCCCCAUUUACUCCUUCUCUCUUUGACACAAAACUCCUCCAUACCAAAGCAAUUAACAACUUGGUUGGCCACUUGCAUACCAGGCAAACGAGAGGUACAUCUUAAAGGCCUUAUCAGUUCAUACUCAAACUUAUACCUACUACACCUAGACUCAUACCUCACCUCAAGACCCAAUACUUUUCGAGACAAGUUUAAACACCAUCAACUAACUUAUUAUAUCCAAUCUUUACCUCACAUGACUGAUAAUAUACAUCAACUCACUAUUUUCAAAACAUAAUGCUGUACUCCAAGGAAACCUAAAAUACUACUCUCCUUCUCAUAUAAACCUCUGGGGAGACUCACAAGUUGACUCCCUGCCAUCAUACACUACAAUUUGGGAACAGGAGUUACAAAUAUCCUUGAUGACUUGCCAACGGCAAAAAAGUUACCAAAUUAGUUAUAGAAAUGCACACUACAGAUGUCUGUAUCAUGGAACUAAGUGCCUUCAUCAUGGCUCCCUGUCAAUCAUUGUUCUAAGCUUUGUCCAUUUCUCUGGUUAAACAUAGUGAGUGUAGAUGGAGAGAUAUAAUGUAAUAAUAAUGCUUCUGUGUCUCUGUUUCCAAUGCACUGUGUGGUCCGGCUAUAUAAGAACUAAUAAUCAAUUUAAAGGUGAUAUUCAAAGGUGUAUUCAGAGGACAUGAGCAUUGAAACUCCCGGACGCAUCAGUGUGAGGUCUAGGGUGAUGACGUAGCGGGCGGAAGUAAGGAUGUUGCGUGUGUGUGGCUGAGGCACAAGUGGAGUCUGAACAAGAUUGGAGUCCUCUGUUCAACUAGCGACGGGUGAGAGCCAAUCAGAACAUGGAGGAGUCUUACCGCAAGUGGGGAGCCAGCUGAGCGGUCUUGGAGGUUACUUGGCGUCGGACUGGUGACAGAACACCAAAGCUAAGUGCAAAUUAAAAUCUGAAAUAACUAAACACAGUGAUAACAGAACUGGAGGUAGUUUAAAGUGCCCCCGGAAAUAAAGUGUUUCCCUAGGAGGAGAUAAAAUAAGGGAGGAGGAAGGAGAGGUUUGUUGAAAGAACAGAUAAUAGACAGAAAACAAUUCAAGAAAAAUAAGAAACGAGUAAUCGAGGAGGAGCUUAACUAAGAUUCAAGGUUCAAAUAUUGAGGAGAAUAUGAAAUAAUAUAAUAAAAAGGAAAAAAGCGAAGGAGAAAGAAAAGAAGGAAGGAAAAAAAUUAAAGGAAAGAGGAGGAGGAAAAAAAGAAGGGAAAAAAAGAAAGGAGAUAAAAAAAGGAGAGGAAAAAGAGAAAAUGGCUCCUAAGGACAAACACACUGAAUCCGAUAAACUAGAAAAAGGAAAAAUGAUAAGCACAUUUUAUUCACCAAAAUCUUCUAAUGUACUAGUAAAACACUCAAGAACAUCUAUCUCUCCAGAAGAUUCUAUACCUCUAGUCAACACAGAAACAUAACAGCACAAAAAACAUGCUCGCAAGAAAGCAUAAUGGUAGCGUUAGAUAAUUUAUACGUGAAAAUUAAACAAGAUCUUAAAAUGACAUCAACUAAAUUAAAAAAUGAAGUGAUAGAAAUAAAAGAAAAAUUAGAAACACAAAGUCAAAGCUUUGUAAAAUUACGGGAGGAAAUACAAAAAAAAGUAAUGAAAAAUAAAAUAGAAACUCUUGAACAAAAACUGACAGAUCUAGAGGAUAGAUCAAGAAGAAACAAUUUGUGCAUUAAAGGCAUACCAGUGGAUAUCAGCCACUAAAACAUGGAAAAUUAUCUCAAAGAAUACAUGGCUCAAUUCUUUGAAAAACAACAUAUAGGGCCAUACCCCUUUGAAAGAUGGCAUAGGUUACGAAAACCAAUAGGUAUCAACUACCAUAUUUUCAUUUAGGGGCCCCACCCGCUGCUCAGGGGUGGGGGCUGGGUAGAGGACGAUAGGUCUCCCCCAUUUUAAUUUAGGGCCCACUCCUGCUGCUCAGGGGUGAGGGCUGUGGGUGUCAAUAGGUCCCCCAUUCAGUUUAAUGGCCCCCACUCAUGCAGCAUGGUGGGGGCUUGGGAGGGGGGAUACUAGGUUUUUUGUUUUUUUUAAACAGGGAGCAGCAACAGGCUAGACAUACCCCUACCCACAUAUAACAUGUAUAACCCACUAUAAUUGGUAAUAAACUAAAAAAAUAUAUAAACUUUAUUAGUAUUUAGAGGGCAUAUCUACAAUAGUGAAAAAGAAAAAAAAAGGCCAAAGUUAGAUGCUCACCCAGUGUUCACUCCUUCAAAAAAUCAUUAAAAACCCACUUCUUCAUAAAAAGCGUAUCAAUUAAACUGUUAAUAGCUCCUGACUGAUUCCUCUUCUGCAACUGUCAUUAGUCUAAUACUAUCCUUACCUUUUUGUGUCAUUUUACCCCACUCCCUCUAGCAUGUAAGCUCAUUGAGCAGGGCCCUCAAUCCCUCUGUUACUGUGUCACUAUACCCCACUCCCUCUAACAUGUAACCUCACUGAGCAGGCCUCCGAUCCCUCUGUUACUGUGUCACUAUACCCCACUCCCUCUAACAUGUAAACUCACUGAGCAGGGCCUCAAUCCCUCUGUUACUGUGUCACUAUACCCCACUCCCUCUAGCAUGUAACCUCACUGAGCAGGGCCCUCAAUCCCUCUGUUACUGUGUCAUUUUACCCCACUCCCUCUAGCAUGUAACCUCACUGAGCAGGGCCCUCAAUCCCUCUGUUACUGUCACUAUACCCCACUCCCUCUAACAUGUAAACUCACUGAGCAGGGCCCUCAAUCCCUCUGUUACUGUGUCAUUUUACCCCACUCCCUCUAGCAUGUAAGCUCAUUGAGCAGGGCCCUCAACCCUUCUAUUCCUGUGUGUCCAACUUGUCUGGUUACAACUACAUGUCUCUUCGUCCACCCAUUGUAAAGCGCUGCGGAAUUUGACGGAACUCUAUAAAUAUCAUAAUAAUAAUAAAAAACACAAAAGUAACUUGUGAAAGUGUAAUAUUAAAAAGGAGAAAUCUGCUGUUUCAUUGUCUACACUUUAGCCUUCUACUUGAAAUAACAUUUUAUUAAAACAGCUUUCUUGGGUUGAUCAAGAAUUUGUAUAUUUUCUCAUGCUUGCUGUGAUUGAUAUAUACAAGCCAGAUAGACAGACCCUCUAGGUUUCUCCUUUUUAAUAUUACACUUUCACAAGUCACUUUUGUGUUUUUCACUUUGUCCUUUUUUUUCUUUUUCACUAUUAUGUAGAUUUGCCCUUUAAAUACUAAUAAAGGUUAUAUAUUUUUUUUUCUUACCAAUUAAAGUGGGUUAUACAUGUUAUAUGUGGAUAAUCUAACCUUUUUUUUUGAGAAUCGUUACCCAUAGUCUUUUGACUUGGGACCCCCUUUUUUUCAAAGAAAGAUUUGUUAUUCUUUUUUCAAUUAUGUCUUUUCUCAGUUAAGACAAUAUUACCCAUUUAGUCAUCUCUUGACUCUGGGGUCAGGAUUUCCCUGCCCCUCUAGUCGUGUCACUUUUUCUAGACAUGCCCCUACUCGCGGUAUAGCAAGUUGGGGAAGAAUUUACUAAUACUAAAUAAUCUUUGCUUAGUAUUAGUAAAUUUGGCUGAAAGACCAAUUUAGGUCUUUCAGCCUUUUGGUAGAUAGCUCCCUGAUACUCUGGGAAUUCCGGUACAAACAAAGUCCCCAAAUGCAUCCUAUCACGAAUGGAGAAACUGUUCUCAUUCUGUUAGGACGAAAUUCGAUAGUUUCACCGGCGUCUAAAUGACAGAAUGUUUGGGAAUACUGACUGGAAGCAUUGCGAGAUCAUAGUAGAAAGGUGAGAGAUGGUCAGGCUUGGAAACCUCCAUAAGACAAAUAGUUUUUAAAGAAAACUAGAGCAAACAGGAAGAAAUGAAGAACAGAUCCUGACAGAGGGAGAGAAGAGGAAUCUAUUGGGGAAAUGUACGUUCGGUAUGACAGUGCCACUUUACGAUAAAACAAAAGCUGGCCGAACAAGGCAGAACAUCCUGGAGGAUGAAUGAUACCAGUCUAGAAUCAGAAUAUGGUUUAAAAUACUUAAAAAAACAAGCAGAAGAAUUUCUAAGAAUUAAUGAUAACAACGCAAUAUCUAAUAGUACUCCUUGGUGUACAUACAAAUGUUUUAUGCUUGGUAAUCUUAUUAAAAUUAAAAAAAAGAACAGGGGGGAAAUCUAAUGGAUCUUUAUAUAGAACUAGCAAGACUAGAAGAUCUUAACAAAAAAGAUUUUAACAUAUUAAGACUGAAUAGAAUUAAAGAAAUUCAAACAGAAAUUAAAAUCAAAUUAUCAAAUAAAGUAAAUAACACAAUUAUAAGAUUAAAACAACAAUGGUAUUUUGGAGAAAAUAGAACUAGUAAAAUCUUUACUAAUACACUUAAAUUUAAAAACAGACAACUAAAGGUUAAAAUCAUUAAACACAAUGAUAAAGAAUACCUAUAUCCAACAGAAUUAGCAAAAGCAUUUGGACAUUAUUAUAAAACUUUGUAUGACCUCCCAAAGACAGCAAUCACUACAAAAGACAUAGAUACAUUUUCCUGUAAACUACCAAAAAUAAAUGUAGAAAAGAAUAGGGAACUGGAAUCUCCAAUAUCCAUAAUAGAGAUUACUCAAGCCAUAAAAACACUUCGAAAAGGGAAAGCCCCAUGACCAGAUGGCCUUACUGAUGCAUUUUAUAAAAUAUUCCUAGUACCCAUAACUUCUCUGCUAUUCAAACUCUUCAAGGAAUUAAGAGAUCAGAUAUUUUUCCCUAGGGAAAUGUUACAGACAUUGAUCAUACCAAUUCUUAAACCAGAGAAAGACCCCUAUUUUGUAUCAAAUUACAGACCCAAAUAAUUAGUAAACAUCGAUGUGAAGAUAUUCUCCAGGAUAUUGGCCGAUAUAUUAAAAAAAAUGAUCCCGUGUCUAAUCCAUCCAGACCAAGCUGGGUUUAUAAUGGGUAAGGAAGGAGCCCACAAUGUACGUAGACUUUUAAAUCUGAUUCAAUUAAUAAAGAAUAAUAAUGUUCCUUCAGUAUUUAUGGUUCUGGAUGCAGAGAAGGCCUUUGACAGAGUAAACUGUCUGUUUCUUGUCGAGGGCCAUGAAGGCAUUUGGAAUUCAAGGAUAUAUAUGAUCUAAUUUGGUGUUUGUACACAACCCCAUUGGCCAAGGUUAUGGGCAGUGGUAUUUCAUCUGAAUGGUUUGAAAUAAAUAACGAGACACGUCAUGGGUGCCCAUUAGCACCACUAUUAAAUGCAUUAAGUAAAGAGCCGCUAGCCUCAACUAGCUUCCUGAUAACAAUGGAAUGGGAACUGGAGCAGGACUACCAACACCUGCUCCGCUCAAUUCAGCCCCAAUCUACCCUGCAGGCAGAGCCAGAGAGCUGGGUGGCAGAUCCAGACCUGCAGCCCUUCAGCUGGAGAGACAUCAUAGACUAGUACUGGGAAGACCCACAGAUGGCAGAUGGAGAUGGGACUGAGGUCUCUCUACCGGCCCUACAGGGAGCCAGUUUUUUGGCGGCUACUCAUUAGCCAGCUAGCUAGGGAUUUAGUCUGCACUAUGAUUCAAUAUCGUUAGCAUACUUCAGUAAUUGAGUGCGUGCAUUAUUUUUUCUCUAUACUGCACGUGCUGUUCGCCUAAUUGACACAGUGUUUAUGGUAUUCUGAGCAGUAACAUCAUUACUAUACAGCACUCAUCUAGGUGCCAUAUUAUGUUGAUUCCUCCUGCUCAGCAACUCCAAGGGCCGAUUAAAGAUUACAUAUAGACUGAGUUACUAGAACUAUAGCAAAUAUCUGUGCUGUUUCAUCCCCUUUUUUGAUUUAUUAUUUCUUAUUAUUUUAUUGAGCUACAAACUUUUGUACAGGUGUUGCCCAUGAGAUACCUGGGAGAUUACUCAUCAGCCAUUAGGGCACUUCCUACGUAUAGGUCUGGCCCCAUGCGCCUUUUCAGCCUGUCAUAGUACUUCAUCUAUUAGCCUUUUGUUUUUUCUUUUUGGAUAUAUUAUGUUAUUGAUUAGUUUCACAUUUAUUUUUUUGGAUUUUAAUAAAGUAAUAAAAGUUACAUUUUAAUAUAUUCACCAGUCAGUUUGAGGGACACCCUAAUUGUUGACCUUAGGGGCCUAAGGUAUGUGGGUGUGUCAUUCAUUGUCACAUUAUUUUUAUUGGCUUGUACACUUUGUGUCCCUGUGCCCAACAAGGUCCACCUGGGCAUCACCCUUUUUGGGAAAAGGCCAGUGUGCCUCCAUUAAACUCUUAGAUCUACUUCACCCUCAAUCUAGAGUCUUGUCUCUUAUUGGGGGGUUGCUAUAAUCACUAUACUCCCUUGGAUUCUAAGAGCUAUUCCUGCUUGACUCUCUAGAGGAAGAAAGGUUCAUCCUCUGGAACCUGGAGCUUUGUCGUCGGUCCAGGGUGGGUAGGAGACAGCGAGACCCCAACCAAGCUGUGGUGGUUUGUGGGGUCUGCAGUGCUGAUGGUGUCUGGUGGACUGCUUGGAGACCUCGAGAAGCACUAGGAGUAUCCGUCGGCGCAGGUACUCAACCGGGGUACAGGAAGCUCUGUUACAAUAUGCAAGAAUAUGGGAAUCCUGGGCAAUAGAUGUAGCUGCUAACCAAGAAGGAAAUAUUUAGCAAUACUGGUCCCUUAUAGAUGGAAUAAAAAGAAAAAAUAGAAAUUAAGGAAAAAGAUGAAGAAAGUGAAAAGAGAAAAGAGAAAAAGUAUGGCGAUCCAUGACCCACUGACACCCUGCUGGGCCUCGAUGUACUUAUGUAUGAGUAGUUCGUCAUUGUUUUAUAAGCACGUCUUCAGGGGUAGAACAUAUACUUAGACAUUAAUAAUAUAAUUUUUUUUGCUAAUGAUAUUGACAAUAUAGUAUUGUGGAAAUAUUAUAUUGAUUCUUCCUGGAGACGUUUCUUUUGUUUAAAAUUAAUUAAAACGAAUAUUUUUUAGAGAAUAUAAUAGAGAAUAUAACAAAUGAUGAAUUGUUAUUUACUUCGAUACCUGGAGUUAAUAGAGAAAAUUUAUUGCAUAAAUAACUUUCUGGUAAAAAAGGUAUAUUCAAAGAUUUAAUUUUCAGAAAGUAAUAACUCUUCCUUAAACUCAUCCCAUUUUGGCACAUGUAUAAUGUAACAUAGAAACAUAGAAACAAAGAAUGUUAUGGCAGAUAAGAACUAUUCGGCCCAUCUAGUCUGCUCAAUAUUCUAAAUACUUUCAUUAGUCCCUGGCCUUAUCUUAUAGUUAGGAUAGCCUUAUGCCUAUCCCUAUUAUGCCUAUGUAUUGCACAAAUCAUACAGGGGACAAUGCUAGGUUUCAGAAACACCUGGGGCUUGACCCAAAACUUAAGCCUACCCUAAAAGAAACUAGGGGAUAUGUCAUGACAUAUCAAUGCCUCUCUAUUUUAUGUUCCCUUCUCUAUACCCAUGAGCAACCUGUUACUGAUGCUCUCCCACAUAUCAAAGAAAGCAUGGGUGGGAUAAAGCUAAUGCUGCAUAACCAGGUAUUGUGUGUGAUAUUGAUGUUACAUAACUAAUAAAGGGGUGUGCAGCAAAGUUCUUGUGUACUGCAUAAACUCACGAUGUAGGAUUACCUGGGGACACCACCUCCUUCCUCUUGGCAGCAUUGUGGAUUAUUAUACAAGUGAUCCUUCUAUUUAUAUCAUCUUGAGUGGCCCUUGAGUGCCUGGACCCCAUUGUUCUUUCUAUUUAUGUAUGGUGGGCCCUGAGAAGAACAAAGCUUUACCGCACAUCCAGUAUGUAGCGCCAGUGAUUGUCCUUCAGAUUAAAAAAAACAACAACACAGUCCCUUAACAGUAGUAUGAGUAAUUUAGUUUUAAAAAAGGGGAUUUAAAAAAAAUAUAUACAAAUGAAAGGGUGGAAUGAGUGAAGAGGUCAAUUAUUUUCAAAUUACAUUUCUCAUGCUGCUGCUCCCCCUUUUUUAUUGUAGUUGUUUCACCCUGCCUUGAUUAGUCUUGCGACCCAUGCUACCUUCACAGAUGCAGUGGGUAGAAGCAGAUGACAAGGCACUGUUUUUUUUUUCAGAGACAAUUCAGACUGGAUGUGUGGGAAAGCGUUUUUUCUACACAGGGUGAGUGAGAUGUAAUUCCUACUAACUUCUUCCUGAGAAAAAUAAGUGAUCAUAUUUCAUUGUGGAAAAAACAGUUCCCUGUCAGCUUCUCCCAAAUGCGUCUGUGGAAGUAGCAGGCCAGGUGCCAUAAGAGAGCCAGGCAACCUGUUUUGAGUUUGCUUUCAUCAUAAGUAUUUGUCAUGUCUUGAUUCUGUAAGAUGCAUUAUAUGGACAUGUGUUCUACGAGUCCAUUAUUUACUCUUAUUUAGGUGCACUAUACAAGUUGAUCAAACAAUGUAAUUAAUAUUCUGCAAAGCUGCAAAAGCUACAGAGAUAAAAAAGGCUAGACACUUGCAAUUUUGCAUGGAUAUCAUUAACCUAAUUUGUUAAAUAAUUAGCUUAAUAAAACUUGUAGACACAGGUAGUGAAACAAAAUUGCACUUGGUCUUUGGAUUUGCCAAAAUUAAAAUUGAUUUGAUAUAGAUUAUUUUUUUAUCAAUGUCUUUUUUUCUCACCACUAAUCCACUAAGUCCAUAUUGACCAAUGUUCUCUUUACAUAACCACUAGAAUGUUUUGUAAGCAAUUUUGCUAUAUUCUAUGAAUUUUGUUUAUUUAUUUUUUUAAUAUUGUAGAUCCAUGGGGAAUUUUUUGACCAAACCCUAAAUAUUGGGUUUUUGGUGCUACAUCUAUCUUCUGUCUGUACUCCCACCUCUGAUGCUUGCCUUCAAGAUUUCUUGAGGGCUGCACUGUUCCUGUGGAACUCAAUUCCCACCUCCGUUAGAUGCUCACCCAGUCUCCACUCCUUCAAAAAAAAUUGUUAAAAACCCACUUCUUCAUAAAAGCGUAUCAAUAAAACUGUUAAUAGCUCCCGACUGAUUCCUCUCUUGCAACUGUCACUAAUCAAAUACUAUCCUUACCUUUUGUGUCACUUUACCCCACUCCCUCUAGCAUGUAAACUCACUGAGCAGGGCCCUCAACCCCUCUGUUCCUGUGUGUACAACUUGUCUGGUUAUAACUACAUGUUUGUUCGUCCACCCAUUGUAAAGCGCUGUGGAAUUUGUUGGCGCUAUAUAAAUAAUAUCAUAAUAAUAAUAAUAGUAAAAUGUUUAAAAGCCUCUCUAAGAAACUAAAAGCCUCCCAUAAUUAUGUUCAUGUAACAUCAAACUAAUAAAAUAAAUUACUUAUUUUAUUACUUCUAAGGCAGCUUUUUACUACCAGAACCUCUCUUAAUAUGUCACAGCAAUUAUACAUAUUCAUUGAAUCAUGAUUUUAUUUUUUUUAAUAGAAUUAGCAGAUUUCUUGCACAUGAACAUUACAAGCUAUUUUCUGGUGGUUAGUAGAGAAAAGAAGCUCAAUUUAGGCCUCUAGUGAAAGUUUUUGGAUACGCUUUUCAAAUGAAUUUAUAAUUUUGUAUAAACUUUAAAAAAAAAAAUUCAAAACAUUAAAAUAUAAAAAAUAUGAUUUAUUUUAAUAUUGAAUUAAAGUUAAAAAAUGUGUAAAUAUAUAAAAAAAUCUACAUAUUCAAAUAUUUGUAAAGAAAAAGGUUGACACAAUUUUAAAAAUGUAUUCAAAAAUAUUUACUUGAGGCCAAAAUUCAUCAUAGAUUACAUUAUGUAACAUAAAAAUGUAAAAAUAUCUAAGGGUUGAAACUUUGUACACAGCAUUGUAAAUGUAGAAACAUUUGUUAUAAUUAGAAGAUAAAUAUAGUACAUAUUUCUGCUUACUAUGCAAUUUUUCUUGGCAUAUUAGUUUCCUAUUUAUAUGCAUAUGUUUAGGCAUGGCUAUACAUAUGUGAAUCCUUUGUGAAUAUAUUUUACAGAAUUCUCUAGGGUGGCAACCCUAUCACUAACAUUUCUGUGCAGAACAUUUAUAUUGGUCUUCCCCUUCAUGAAGCAUGAGAGUCACCUGUAAGCUGGGCAUGACAGUGUUAGUGUUACCAGAUAGCUCUAGCCCAAACAUCGUCCGUUAUCCAAGUUUAUUAGUUAUGAGAUUAAUGAAUGUCCUCCCAAUGCCUUAGGAUACAAGUUUAGAUAUCUCUUUCUUGAACAGCAGAUGUACAUCCUAAAUUUGAAUAAUACUUAUUAUAAUAAAUUAACAUUCUGUCUAAGAAGCAAGAAAGAGAAAUGGAAAAUUCAUCCACGGUUGUUACCAGCUUUGAGCUUCUUUGGAUCAAGGAGAUGGAAAUAUUUCAAUAUCUUUACUGUGCAUUAUUUCUUGUGGUGUAUUUAUCUAUCCUACUGAUGAGUUCACUGGUUGUUUUUGUGGUUUGUACUGAAGAAAGCCUCCAGGAGCCCAUGUAUAUUCUUGUAUGUACUCUCGCUCUCAAUGGAAUGUUUGGGAGCUGUUCUUUUUUCCCAAAACUCAUUUUUGAUUUAUUGACUUCAUCUAACACAAUCUCAUAUCUGAGAUGCCUCUCUCAGACUUACUGUAUCUUGAGUUUUACUUAUUUUGAAAUUUGUACAUUUACACUCAUGGCUGUUGAUAGAUACUUGGCUGUGUGCUAUCCCCUCCAAUAUGUCAUAAUUAUGACUAAUGAGAAAACGUUAAAAAUAAUCACUGGACUUCUGGUUGCCACUUUUAUAGGAGUGUUGGUAGCUGUACUUUUGUCUGCAAGACUCCGUCUUUGUGGAAGACAAAUCCAAAAUGUAUUUUGUGAUAAUCCAUCAAUUGUCCUCCUUUCCUGUACUGAUUCAACAGCAAAUAAUCUCUAUGGGACAACUGCUAUUGUUGUUUUCUUAACAAUCACUUCCAUAAUUAUUGGUUAUACAUACCUGAGAAUAUUUAUUGUCUGCAUUAAGCUCUCCAAGAUUGUUCGUAACAAAGCAAUGCACACUUUGAUGACUCAUUUGCUAAAUUUCAGUAUUUUUCUGAUAGGAUUAAUUUUUUCUUUUAUUCGGUAUAAACUAAAUACUAUUGACUUACCCCUUUCUGUACACUUUCUACUCACGAUAAGUAGAUUUGUCUUUCCUCCCUUUCUCAAUCCACUAAUCUACGGUUUAAGAACCAAAGCACUAAAAAUAAAAAUAGCUCAUCACUUUUCAAAGACAAACUUAGGAAACUCAUAAAUAAUUCUUACAGAAUCCAUAAUGUUAUGUAGCGAAAUUAUGCAUCGAUUUAAUAAAAGCUGAUAUCAAAUUUGACCUUAUACAUAUGUUUUCUGUCCAUUGUAUUUUAGGUCUGUAGCAUGACUUUGUGUACGCAGGUGUGGUGUAUGUUUUAAAAUGUCUGAUUUUAAAAUAGUCUAGAUUAUAUGUUGUAGAACAGGCAUAGGCAACCUUCGGCAGUACAUAUGUUUUGGACUACACCUCCCAUGAUGCUUUGUCAGCAUUAUGGGUGUAAGAGCAUUAUGGAGGAUGUAGUUCACAACUUCUGGGUUGCCUAUCCCUGUUGUAGAAUAAUAUUUUUCUUUUUUAAGAAAAUCUUUACAGGGACAUUAAGUUUUAUAUCUAGAAAAAAAAAAAUUUCCCCUUAUAAAUCAAAGCUGCAAGGGAAGCAAUCUUUGGCACUCCGGAUGUUGUGGACUACAUGUCCCUUGAUGCAAGCAUUAUGGGAGAUGUAGUCACAACAUCUGGAGUGCUGAAGGGUGCCUAUCCAUGAUCUAUUUACUUUACAGAAAUCUCAAGCAUUUGUGUUGUGUUUUCUCCAUGAAUAGAUAUGGUAUUCAGUCCUCCUCUUUCCGAGUUCCUCACAGUAGGGGGUGGUGGAGGGUGGAUGCUGAGCUUUUUAGAGAUUAGAGAAUGCAAAUACAGGACUCUCUUCACUAUAAUCUUCUAGAUUUGAAACUGUUUAGCAAUGUAUGGAUUGUUAUUAAAACCAAUAUAACCAAAUUCUACAAUUUAAUGGCCAUAUUUCAUGCAUGCUUAAAAUGUUCUGUUUUCUUAAACAUAUAUACCGUAUAUUGUUAUGGAUGAAUAAAAUGUUCCCUUUUUUAUUUUGUACGUUUUUCCCUGGUUGAUUUUCCCAAGUAUUGUCAAAAUUUUAUAAAAAAAAUAAAAUUAAAAUAAAUGUAUAUGCAUAUUAAUUUAGUAAAUUAAAUCAUUAAGCGAGAUUUACCAAGCUCACAACAAUACAGAUUUGCGUUUAGAAUUUUAAGAACUACAGAUACUUAUCUUUUUAAGUCUAAUAUAUAGCCGGAAUUAAUUUUGAAUGGUAUUAAUUUAUUAAUUAAUUUUAAUAUUAUUCACUAAUGUGAGAAAAUAAGGGAUUUCAAAGUUUAUCGUUUAGACAGACAUAGGUGAACUGAAAACUGACUUGGAUUUGGCAAUUAGGCUAUUGUAGCCAAAAAUGUACUUUUAAUUCCUUUUUUACUGAAUAAUCUUGUUUUUCCCUCUCUUGAGUGUUUCCUGUCUUUAUUUGUGGGGUUUUCUCUCUUGACAGUAAGUUGUAGUAAAUACAAAUCUGAUUUGCAGUUGCAGGAGAGGAAUCAUUUGGGAGCUAUUAACAGGUUAAUUAACACACUUUUAGAACAAAGUGGUGUUUUAAUGAUUUUUUUGAAUAAGUGAAGACAGGGCCGGUGCAAGGAUUUUUGCCGCCCUAGGCAAAAAAAAAAAUUUGCCGCCCUACCCCAUAUGUCCUGCCCACCAUGUGACAUCACAAUGCCCCUCCCAUAUGCUCUGCCAUAUGGGCCAACGCCAGUCUUCACAAAGUGUCUUUUAUCUGAAAAGACAGUGUGUUUACAUUAAAAAGCCUCCAGGCACAUGCUAUAGACGCCAGAACCACUACAUUAUGCUGUACUGCUUCUGGUGACUAUAGUAUCCAUUUAAUGUGAGGUAAAUUAGAGAUUAGUGCCACUAAUUAUAUAUUGGAUUGCCUACUUACCACCAGAUGAGGACAAGAGGCUGAUUAUGGGCUCUGUCUGGCUCCACAGGUCUGGUGUAGAAGAGGCUCUCAGGAGACUGUUUUUAACAGUGCUCACAACAAUUAACAAACAGGAAGCAGCUCCAUUUUUUAGGGCCCCUUACACAGCUCAAGGUCUGGGCCCCCAGGGCUUGACCGUGAGUAUGCCUACAAUGCCCACCCAUAAAUCCAGCUACAUGGCCCACCCAUGAGUUCUCUCACAGGAAGUGGAGUGUAUGUGUGUAGGGGAUGUUUUAUGUGUUAUUGUAGAGGAUGCAAUGUGUGUGUGUUCUUAUAGAAUGUAGUGUAUAGGGAUACCAAUUUCUGUAAGGGAUGUAGUGUGUUUAUAGGGGAUGCAGUGUGUGUUUGCGUGUAAGGAAUGCAUUGUAUGUUUCUGGGUGUGUGUGUGUGUGUGUGUAAGGGGUGCAAGGUGUGUUUCUGUGUAUUUAAUUGAAUGCAGUGUGUGUCUGUAAGGGGUGCAUUGAUUGUGUAAGAGAUGCAUUUUGUUUCUGUGUGUAAGAGAAUGAGUGUUUGUGUGAACGUAAGGGAUGCAUUGUGUGUUUUGGGUGUGUCUGAGUAGGAAUGCAUUGUAUGUUUCUGUGUGUGCGUGUGGGGGGGGGAUGCAUUGUGUAUGUGUGUAGUGUAAAAGAGAGGGUUUGUGGGGCAGGAUAGAGACUGAGAGGGGAGCUGCUCUUUAUUUUUUUUAUUUUUUUCAUAGUGCUCUCCCCCAUGUCAAUUAUUGAUUUCCCCUUCCCUCCUGUCCCUCCGUGUUCUCCCCUUCUGUCCCUUAGUGCUCUCCCUUGGCCCCCUGUAGUUUCCCCUUGGUGGUCUUCUCACUCCCCCUUCCCCCUUAGUGACCCUCCCUCUCCCAAACCCCUUAGUAGACAUUCCCCUCCCCCCACCCCCUUAGUGGUAAUCUCCCCCCCAGUGGUCAUUAUCCUCUUUCUCCAACCCCCCUUAGUGGUCCUUUCCCCCCUUAGUGGUCCUCCCUCUCCCAAACCCCUUAGUGGACCUCCCCCCUCCUCCCUCAGUGGUCCUUACUCCCCACCCCCCCACCCCCUGUGAUCCUUCACCCCCCUUCCCCAGUGGUUCUUACUCCCCCCCUCUUCCCCCAGUGGUUCUUACUCCCCCUAUUCCUCCCGCAGUGGUCCUUACUCCCCCCCUGCUCCCCUAGUGGUCCUUACUACCCCCAUCCCUCUCCUCCCCCAGUGGUCCUUACUCGCCCCAUCUCUCUCCUCCACCUGUGGUCCUUAUCCUCCUCUCCUCCCCCUGUGUUCCUUACUCCCCCUCUGGUCCUUACUAACCCUCCCCUAGUGGUCCUUACUCCCCCUUUGGUCCUUACUCCCCCUCCCCUCCACCUCUGGUCCUUACUCCCCCUCCCCCCCUGGUCCUUACUCACCCUCCUGCCCUCCCCCCGUGGUCCUUACUCACCCUCCCACCCUCCCCUGGUGGUCCUUACCCUCCCCCUCCCCCUGUGUUCCUUACUCCCCUUUGGUCCUUACUAACCCUCCCACAUCUGGUCGCCUCACCCUCUCCCCUCCUGGUGUUCCUUACCCUCUCCCCUCCCCUGUGUUCCUUACUCCCCCUGUGUUCCUUACUCCCCUCCCCCCUCCCUGGUGUUCCUUACUCCCCCCAUCCUUACUCCACCCCCUCCUGCCUAUGUAGUGUGGCUGGGUGGCACGGAACGCGGGACAGGAACGUCUGUUUCCUGUUCCCGGCCGCCGGCGGACUGAAGGGAAGUGCUCAUUCAGAGUACUUCCUGUCAGUCAGCCGGCGGCCAGGUACAGGAAACAGAGGUUCCUGUCCCGCGUUCCGCGCCGCCCGGCCACGCUACAUUGAGAGACCGGCGGGAGGGAGCGCUCUGCACUUCCCUCCUGCCGCUCACUCAGAUCUGCGGUGACUCCGGACGCAGGGAUCCGGCACCCCCUGUUAGGGUGCGCCCUAGGCGGCUGCCUAGGUCGCCUUACAGGUAGCGCCGGCCCUGAGUGAAGACUGGGUGAGCAUCUAACGGAGAGGGGAAGGGAGUUCCACAGGAAUGGUGCUGAGAAGUCUUGAAGGUGAGCAUCAGAGGUGGGAGUAUGAACAGAGGACAGACGUAGGUCAUUGGCAGAUCGUAGGGGCCUAGAUGGGACAUACUUUUGUAUUAGGAAGGAUGGAUAGAUAUUAUGCAGAGAUUUCAAAGCAAGAACCAGAAUUUUAAAUUGAGCCCUAUAUCUUAUGGGAAGCCAAUGUAGGGAAUGACAGAGGGGGGAGGCGGGGAGGUGCGCGCGGACAGGAAGAUGAAGCUUGCUGCAUUUAUUAUAGUCUGUAACAGGGUAAGUUGGGAACACAUGACCACUGAGAAUGAAUUGCAGUAGUCAAGGUGAGAGAGGACAGUGGCAUGGACAAGCACCUUAGCCGCAUCUGGCGUUAAGUAGGGGCGGAUGCGCACAAUGUUUUUCAGAUGGAAGCGGCAGGAUUUGGGUUUGAAUGGACAUGAGGAGUGAAGGAGAGGUCAGAGUCAAAGAGAACACUUAGGCAGCGAGCUUGUGUGGUGGAGCUGAUGGUAGUGCCAUUAACAUGGAGAGAGACAGAAAAGGGAGUAAUAGCAACUUAGAGAGGUAAGACCAGAAGUUCUGUUUUGGACAAGUUAUGUUUAAGGAAGUGGGCAGUUAGAAAUAGCAAAGAGGCAGUCAGACACACGAGUGAAGAGGGGUGGUAAGAAAUCAGCGGUGGACAGAUAAAUUAGCAUGUCAUCCGCAAAUGUCAUCCAAAAAAGAUACAUACCAAGAACAACAGGAAAUAUGAGAUGAUGGUACAGAUAUCAAAUACAAAAAAUAGCAUGCUACCUUGAUAAAGGCAGAUUCGCCAAAACGUUGGGGGGCUAUUUUUUGCAUUUGAUGUCUGUACCCUCCUCUCAUAUUUCCUGUUGUUCUUGGUACGUAUCUUUUUGUUUAUCAGUAUAUACAG